AUGGAUACAAAAUUGAAGACAGAUAAUGAAAAACAAACAUCCCAAGAUUUGGAAAAUAAAUAUCGAUUACCAACCGAAAGUAAAAACCAAUGGGAAUUACGAAAACAUUUUCUUGAAAAGUAUUGGGAUAAAUAUGAUGAAGAUCGUUUAUUAUGUUUAGCUCAAUGUUAUGUCAAUAUGCGAUGUUUGGGAUGUAAAUAUUCAAAAUCACUUGAUUCAUUAAUUGAAGAACUUGCAAAAGAAAUUGAAUAA